CUGCUCGUAACUCAGCCUCGUACAGUAUUUCUUAUUUUUCUACAUUUGUCUCUUGUUCUCCACCUCAUCAGACACAUCUUCGAAUUUAUUUUGGCAUUUUUUUGUUGCCGUCAACUCUCCCUCCGCUAGAAAACCUGGUCACAAUCUGAUUGCCAGUAUAAAAUGGCCGACCCAGGACUGGACGAUGCAGAUGCUCAGGGAUAUCGAUGGGAAACAGAAUACGAGCGAACAUGGGAAGUCCUACAAGAAGAUGCCACGGGAUCGUUGACAGCCAGCGUACAGGAUGUGGUUCUGGGCAUGAAGCGUCGACGGCUGCUCGAGAAAAAACCCAAUUUGCGUUUGGGCAUGAUGCGACAUGUCUUCGUUAUCAUGGACAUGUCGGAUUCUAUGAAAGAUCAAGACUUCAAACCGAAUCGAGCAUUCUGUGUGAUAAAGUUACUGGAGUACUUUGUGGGUGAAUUUUUCGAUCAAAAUCCGAUUGGACAAAUUGGAUUCAUUACUACUAAGAACAAACGUGCAGAGCGAAUGACGGAACUCAGUGGUAAUGCCAAAAAACACCUGGCAGCUUUAAAUUUAUUACGUACAAAUGAUCUGUCUGGCGAGCCAUCCCUCCAAAAUUCCUUGGAACUGGCAGCUGAGACCUUGCGUAACAUUCCGAGCCAUGCAAGUAGAGAGAUCAUCGUCGUCAUGGGCAGUUUGACUUCCUGUGACCCCGGAAAUAUUUUCGAUACUGCGCGAAUGCUUCGAGAGUGCAACAUUCGAUGCUCGGUGAUCGGUCUAUCCGCAGAAGUUUCAAUUUGUCGAAAUCUGGCGAAAGACACUGUAGGAGAAUACAGCGUUGCUUUGGAUGAAUCGCAUUUAAAAGAUGUUAUGAUGGCACAAGUAUUUCCCCCUCCUGUUAGUGCGAACUCUGACUCGUUCCUUAUAAAGAUGGGAUUUCCUCAGCAGAAAGCUCAUGAGCGUUUGGAUGAAUACUCAUUUUGCAUAUGCCAUCUGGACCAGUUGAAUUCGUCACUAUAUGGGAAACCUGGAUACUUUUGUCCAGUGUGCAUUAGUAAAUAUUGUGAAUUACCAGUCGAAUGCAAGGUUUGUGGGCUAACCUUGGUGUCAGCACCACAUCUGGCCCGCUCUUACCACCACCUUUUUCCUGUGGAAGCUUUUCAGGAAUUAUCUUCAGAACAAUUACGUGCCUUCACCUCAAGAACAUGCUUCGGAUGUAUGGCCAAAAAUGAAGAGGAGAAAUCUCAUUGGUUUCAAUGCAAAAGUUGCAAGAAUAUUUUCUGUAUUGAUUGUGAUUUAUUUGUCCAUGAAACACUGCAUAGUUGUCCUGGCUGUGCUAGUAGCCCGGUAAAGCCGGAAUAGCUUUUUUGAAUACAGGUUCUCUCUUUCGUAUUAUGUCGUAUGCAGCCGUGAUCACGUAAAAUGCUGCAUGUCAGACGUAAAUGAACGUUCCAGAAAUAAAGCGGCUUUGCUGAGCUACUGUGCAAGUAGCAGUGGUCACAAGCAGGAGUGAACU